AUUCUGUGGAACUUGGUAGUUGGUUCCUUGUAUAUUUCUUUAUUUGGUUUUUGAGCCCCAGCAUGAGUAUAUCUCAAAGCAGGCUGGCCCUGUUGGCCCUUUGCUUCGUGCAAUGGGUGUCCGGCCGUGUUGUACAGUUCCAGCUAGACCUGACCUAUGAAGAUGUCAGUGUAGCCGGUGAUGUACACAAGGCUAUUGUGAGUAAUGGACAGAUUCCUGGGCCCACGUUGUGGUUGAAGCAGGGUGAUGAUGUCGAAUUUUUGGUCAACAACUCAAUGUCAAUCAAUACUACAGUUCAUUUUCAUGGUAUCGAGCAACUAGGCACCCCGUGGUCAGAUGGUGUACCUGGACUCUCGCAGGAGCAGAUCAAGCCGGGCGAACAAUUCCUCUAUAAAUGGAAGGCAAGCCAGUAUGGCUCGUACAUUUAUCACUCGCACACACGGGCUCAGAUUGAUGAUGGCCUCUAUGGGGCUAUCUACAUUGAACCGGCAGACUCCGUGGAGAGGCCUUUCCAUUUGAUCGCUGGAUCUGAUGCGGACGAGCAGCAGGCGAUGUUGACAGCUGAAAAGAAUACACGGCCAGUUCUCAUCUCGGAUUGGCGAGCCUUUUCCUCGCAUGAUAUUCUCCAGAUUCAAACCGAAUCUGGUGUUGAAGCCUACUGUGCCAACUCUGUUUUGAUCAACGGAAAGGGCUCGGUACUUUGCCCGUCUCAGGAACACAUCAAUGCUGCCACGACACCGCAGCAAAAGCAGAUCCUGGGCAACUUGACUUUGACUGACAUGGGAUGCCUGCCUCCCACGCCGGGUGUUGUGGGUCCGUAUCCGUACGAUCUCAGCAAGAUUCCCAAAGGCUUCUACGAAGGAUGCACGCCUAGUGAAGGGCCCACGGAGGUUUUCAAGGUCAACUCUUCAUCACGGUAUGCUAGCUUUGACUUCAUUAGUAUGGCUGGCUCGACUUCGCUUGUGUUCUCCAUCGAUGAGCAUCCGAUGUAUGUUUACGCGAUCGAUGGCCGUUAUGUUGAACCUUUGCUUGUCGACGCUGUUACUGUGCCCGUCGCUUCAAGAUACUCAGUUAUGGUGCCACUAAAGUCGGAAGAUCAGGCGGGAGAUUAUACUAUCCGCGUUGCCAACAACUAUGCGAACCAGCUCAUCAAUGGGACCGGCGUCCUGUCGUAUGACACCGCUACACCAAAGCAGAUCGGUACCUCGCAGCCUUAUAUCAACGAGGCCGGCGCUAAUGCCACUGCCUCCACGGUCAUCUUAAACGAAACCAACGUGGUGCCCUUCCCCGUGGUAGCACCUGCUACGAAGGCGGACCGGACCUACAUCCUAAAUGUCGAAAAUGCCAAUUCAUCGUACACCUGGACCCUGGGCAACCAGUACCCCGUGUCGAAUGAAGAGCUUCGCCCUCCUGUUUUGUUCAACCUCAGCUCAAUCUCGCAGGCGUACUCGGCCAUGACGGAGAACGGUACCUGGGUGGAUCUCAUCAUCAACAUCACCACCUCGGGCCAGCCUCAACACCCCAUCCACAAGCACUCCAACAAGUACUUUGUGAUCGGAACCGGUAACCAGCCCUUCAUCUGGUCCUCCGUGGAAGAGGCAAUGAAAGACAUUCCGGAGAACUUCAACUUCGAAAACCCCCAGAUGCGGGACACUUUCUACUCGCCAAGCUCGAGCACGGGGCCGAGCUGGCUGGCGAUGCGCUACCCUAUCGUGAACCCGGGGCCGUUCCUGCUCCAUUGCCAUCUUCAGAUGCACCAUGUCGGUGGGUUGGCACUGGCCUUGCUGGACGGGGUGGACGCCUGGCCAACCGACAUCCCAGAGGGAUAUCGGUUGCCAGUGAUGCCAAUCUAGGGACUUUGACUCAUUGUACAGAGGUGGACGAAAGUAUUUACUGUAAUUUGGCCAUAUAGCGCCUCUCAUAUAGAUCCGAUGUAAUAUUAUUUACUACUUAAUGAAACU